AUGGCUGAAAUCAGUAAGGUGGCACAGAACCAAAUUGCUUUGACAACAGAAAUAGCUGGAGUGCGAGCGGCACAGGAACAAUUCACCUCAGAUCUACAAAGCAUAAAAGUGAGCAUCAAAGUUCAAGAAGAGAACAUAUUGCCAAACAUGAAACGGUGCUUAAAGAUAUUGAAUCAAAGCUUGUAUCCAGCACAGAUUCAUAUAACGGUGCUAAACGACAUGUUGCUGAGGUGUCACAAGAUAUUUUGA